AUUCCCUCAUUUGCACAGCAUCUUUCCCCAGCGUUUAAGUUUUUAAAGAAAAGUGAGAGAGAACCGUUUAAAAUGAACUCAAUAAGCUCCAACACUUUCAAGAUGAUUGCCAAGCUGAUUGCCGUCUGUUUAAUGCUUGCCGUCAACCAGGUUUACGCCGGAGUGAACCAUGGUCUUCAGACUGGCGGAUUUGGUGGUGCUGCCACCUACGGCACUGGCGCCGGUGCUGGAGGAUUCGCCGGAAGCUCGCUCGUUUCUCCAUUGGCCUCGUCGGGAUUUGCUUCACCUUUCGGUGCUGGAGGUGGAAACUACUUGCAAGGUGUCAACACGAUUCAUCAAGGAUCAUCGGCUGGCUUCGGAGGUUUUGGCGCAUCGUCAUCGAAGAGCGGACAUUAUGGCAAAUAGCCAGCUAAAAAAGAAAAUGAGAAAAGAAAAGAAAAAAAAAAUUAAAGCAGACGAGUGCGAUUAUUGUCUUUAAUUGAUGACUUGUCAGUCCCUCCGUUUUAUUUACGUCGGCCAGCAUCGAUCGCCGUAACAGUUUUUUUGUUUUGAUGAUCCCUUGAAUGGCUUUAUAUUCUUAUCAUACACGUAUAAUAUUUUAGAGUAUAUAUGAAAAUGAUUGUGCACUGGUCUUCGAAUACAUUUCGCACCCAAUAGAA